GAUGGUGAAGAAGAAAACAUUGGAGAGCCGGUGAAUGUCUUCUGUGUGGAACCUAGUGACCCAAAUAUCACGAAGCACGAAGAAGACUAUUUCCGCGAAACAUUUGCGAUAAUGAAUGAGUAUGGUGUCGGUGCUGUUUGGCUGUCUGAGGAGAAAGCUAUGAAGGUGACGUCAAAAGAUAGUAGUUUCUAUUUCGUAGCGGCGUUCCGGGGACGGGUAUUUGAACAUCUGAAGAAGCUCAAGGUCAACCUUUAUGGAGUACACGUCGUUCGACAAACAUUGAAUAACGGCGGAUCGUUACCACGAUGGGACUUUCCUGUAUAUUCGCUGAACAUGACCGGUGCAUGUGUUUGCUUUACAGGACUUCCUCUCGAUAGACGUGAGGAGUUGAAAACCAAAAUAAAUUACAUGAAUGGAGUUGUAUCGCCAUGUUUGACGGAGAGAGUUACACAUCUGGUCACGGAACAUUGUGACACUGCGUCCAAGAAGUACACGGAGGCUCGAAGAAUGAGUUUACCUAUCAUGCUGCCAACCUGGAUCGAAAAAGCAUGGGAAGCGGCUCAGCUUUUCUCAAUUGAUCUCUUCACGUCAGAGGAAUUGACGCAGCAAUACCGUACACCUAUCUUCAACAAUAUGGUAGUAACCGCAACGGGUGUUAGCGGUAGCGAACGUUUGAACAUCGCUCGGCUAGUUGAACUUCAUGGUGGACGCUUCUCAGGUGAUAUGAAGAGAAACGAAUGCACCCACUUGAUUGCUGAUCAAACUAAAGGAGUGAAAUACAAGAAGGCGCGUGAAUGGAAAUCCAUCAAAAUUGUACGGUCUACAUGGCUACGGAAAUCCGUAAUGGCUGGUUACAUCCUUCCAGAAAGUGCCUUUGAUCCAGAAAGGCGAAAUCGAUGCAGUACGCCGGUGCAAGAGUCACGGUUAGUAGAACCGGAAGAGCUGGACUGUAGCGUGAUUCAAGGUAGAGGCGGUCGCUUGGAUAACUCGACUUUCAAUACGCAAAUAACAAAAAAUGACGAAGGUAGUGAAGCGGAACGCACUCCACUGUCGUCAGUUCGCAGCAAUCUCCGCCGUGAACCAAGUCGGCAUCGCCUCGCCACGUCAACGCCAGUUGUUAUUGAUCCCGUAGAUCAGUUGGACGAAACGUGCCUUCGAGGCGAUUUCGAUUUUCUUGAAGUAAGUUAG